CAUUAAAAGAAUGGACUAAAGUAACAGAUUGUUCUCAGUCUCCAAAGGAUACUUCUCCAUUAAGUCACACAGUAUCCUGGUCAUCAUGGGACGAGGCGAAAAGAAACAGCUGGGAUGCUUUGGGUACCCACUAAGCAUCUUCUUUAUUGUCAUCAAUGAGUUCUGUGAACGAUUUUCCUACUAUGGAAUGCGAGCGGUGUUGGUCUUGUACUUCAAAUAUUUUCUGCAAUGGGAUGAUAACCUUGCCACUGUUAUAUAUCAUACCUUCGUUGCCAUUUGCUACCUGACUCCAAUUCUUGGGGCCAUCAUUGCUGAUUCUUGGCUCGGAAAAUUCAAAACCAUCGUCUACCUGUCUAUUGUUUAUGCAGUUGGCCAAGUGGUCAUGGCUGUAAGUGCUAUCCAUGAUCUCACUGAUGGAAAUAAAGAUGGGACCCCGGAUACUAUUGAAGUCCAUGUUGCUCUGUCAAUUAUUGGCCUUCUCCUCAUUGCUUUGGGCACAGGAGGGAUCAAGCCUUGUGUAGCUGCCUUUGGAGGAGACCAGUUUGAUGAGAGCCAGGACAAGCAGAGAAGCCAGUUCUUUUCUAUAUUUUAUCUUUCAAUCAAUGCAGGAAGUCUUCUAUCAACUAUUAUAACACCUAUCCUCCGAGGACAAGAGUGUGGUAUUCACAGCCAGCAGAAGUGCUACCCACUGGCAUUUGGUGUCCCUGCUGCCCUUAUGGUUGUUGCUUUAGUUAUUUUUAUCGUUGGAAGCUCAAUGUACAAAAAAGUCUCUCCGCAGGGCAACAUUAUAGUGAAGGUUUCCAAGUGCAUUGGUUUUGCUAUUAGCAACAGAUACAGGAAUCGCAGUAAGUCAAUACCAAAGAGAGAGCACUGGAUGGACUGGGCAAAAGAAAAGUAUGAGGAGCGUCUCAUUGCUCAGAUUAAGAUGGUAUUAAAGGUUCUUUUUCUCUACAUUCCUCUGCCAAUGUUCUGGGCUCUCUUUGAUCAGCAGGGAUCAAGAUGGACUCUUCAAGCAACCACUAUGGAUGGGAAUUUUGGUGCAAUUCAAAUUCAGCCGGAUCAGAUGCAGACCGUUAAUCCCAUUCUGAUCAUUGUUCUCGUACCAAUUUUUGAUGCAGUUCUAUACCCCCUUAUAAAAAAAUGCAAACUGAAUUUCACACCUUUGAAAAGAAUGACAGUGGGAAUGUUCCUUGCUGCCAUUUCGUUUGUUGCCGCUGCACUCGUCCAAAUAGAAAUAGAUAAAACGCUGCCAACUUUUCCAUCUAAUAAUCAGAUUCAACUAAGAGUUAUAAAUAUAGGUACACAACCAUUGAACAUUGACUAUAUGCCAAACCCUCCAUCUUCUGUAUCAAUACUUCGAUUCCAGGCAAGUGAAUAUGAGAUCCUUGAACAGCCCAGGAGUGUUAACUUCAGCUAUGGAAACAUCAGCAAUACCUUGAACCUAGAACCUCUUGUAGACCGGACCCGCUACACCUAUAUAGUAAAGGAUGGCCAAAAUAUCCAAGCAAACAUGUUUGAAGACAUAAGUAACAAGCCGGAGCAAGGCAGCAAUGCAAUCAGAUUUGUCAACGGUUUGGAAGAAGCUAUCAACAUAACGCUGGGUGCAGCUUUUCUGGGAGAUGUGAUGCCAGUGCAAAUGUCCAAUUAUACCAUGCAAAAUCUAGGAACAAAGCAAAUCGAAGUUAUUACAGCGAGUGGGAAAACGUGCAAAGCUGAAUCAAUGAAAUUUGGCUUUGGGAGCUCAUAUACCAUAAUCGUUAAGCAGUGUGUCCCAGAGCUACAAGUUGAUUAUGUUGAAGACAUUAAAGCCAACACUGUUCACAUGGCUCUCCAGAUUCCACAGUACUUCCUUAUUACAGCUGGUGAGGUUGUCUUCUCAGUCACUGGCCUGGAGUUUUCCUACUCUCAGGCUCCUUCCAACAUGAAAUCUGUUCUCCAAGCUGGAUGGCUAUUGACUGUUGCUGUUGGUAAUAUCAUUGUCCUUAUUGUGGCUGGGGCAUCACACAUUAGUCAACAGUGGGCAGAGUAUGUGCUCUUUGCUGCUCUUCUGGUAGCUGUUUGUGUCAUCUUUGCUGUCAUGGCCUACUUCUACACUUACGUGGAUCCUGCCGAGAUUGAAGCCCAGUUUGAUGAAGAUGAGAAGAAAAAGAAUGCUAAGGAAAUAGAAGCAAUGGGUGUUCAGGAUGGAGAUGGACCUUAUUCACAAACAAAAAUGUAAUAUGGCAUGAGGAUAUAAAAACCUGCAUACUGUAUAUACCUUUUUUGUCAUUUUGGAAAUUCCUUGUUGCUUGGAAAUCAACUUAAGAUAACGCUGGAGAGCAACGUGGAAAGUAACGUGGAAGCAUUCUGUGCCAGCGCUCCGCUUCUGGAGAUUGCCGCUCGACACCACCUGUUUUCAGAUAAAGAAUAUUGAAAUAUGACAAAGAUCUUCUGAGAUGAAUAUAAAGAGAAAACAAAUAAAGGCUGAUCAUUUUUCGUU